GGCCUGAGAACUCAGGCCGGGAGCAGAAAGGCCGAGAGUCAGCCUGGAGAGAGACUCGAACUCGAGAGCUUCUUGGUCUGCCCAUGGCUCGACGUGGGUUCGUUUCCGGCCGCGCCCUCCUAAGCAACCUUGAACCUGUGCUUCCCUCCAAGGCUCCAAGGGUGGGUGGGUUUUGGCUACAACUCCCCUUCUCUAUCCCUCCCCCCCUCCCUCCCUGUCCCUCGUUCCAGCUUGCAAUUCGUUCGUUGCUCGGACUGUCCGUCGUCGGAUCUGUCCCUUACCCAAGUUAUGCUCACCACUCAUCACUAACAAAUCAAUUCUUCCCUUCCCCCCUCUUUCUGUCUGCCAUCAUUAUCGACCCUCCCCCUCAACAAAAAAGGACACUAAGAAAGGACAAGUCUAGGAGGUCCAAAUCGCGGAUCAAAAUUAAAGCAAAAGCAAGAAGAGCGAAAAAAAGGGCACUGUUCGAGGGCACCUACUCCAGCAACCACCCCCCCCCAAAGUCACCAUUGACACACUUUCCCACCCCCAGUCCUUGAAGCGGGUGGGAGAAAAAAUUCCACGCCAUUCCUUUUUCUCUCCGGGUCUUGGACGCGCCGCUUGGAUGGCCCAUCCGUGGCUUUAGCCUCUCUCUCUCUCACUUACUCUCGCUCUCUCUCUGUGUCUCUCUCGUUCUCUCGCUCGCUGCUCUUGCACUCCCUCCCUCUGAUCCACUCUCACUCACUCUCUUCCCUCUUCACUCUCGAUCUCCCUUCCUCUUACCUACUCCCUUUCACUCAUCCAC